AUGCCCAGUCCGUACCGAGACCCGCGCCUCGUCGUCCUCGCCCUCGCCUUCGUCGGCGUCUUCUGGAUCCUCCUCGCUCCCGGCAAUGGCGGCGCAUCUCUAUUCUCUGCCUCGGAUCUGGCGAUCCAACGCCUGCGGCGACACCAGCACGCUCUCGACCUGUUAAACGCCUCGACAUGGGGCGACUUCACGCCGCGCAAGAACGGCACGUCCGAGGACCCGCUGCCUAGAUCGCUCAACCUGACUGGCUUCCGCGCCGAAGAUGGGUUCGCCUGGGAUGAUCUUGGGCGCUUUCAGGAACGCUGCCUGGAAUGGAGUCAUAACGCGAUACCGCCCGUCGGGGGAGUGAACCUGUGGGACAUUGGAGAGGGAGAGCCGGUAUGGCAGAACGCUACGGGCGCGGUCAAGGGGACCUGGGUUCGCAGGGAAGCGACGUCUAAGAGGGAGUGGACGAACUACAACCUGAGCGCCAUCGCGCCGAGCCUGCAUUGGAGCGGUUCGCAGUCGGAGUGGGCCAGGAAUAUCACGGGAGAUGAGGGCAAGAUCUUGAUGGACCUCGUCGACACCGGUAAGCACGGGAGGGAGCUUAACUACCACAGCGACGUCGAGAACGACGAUGGCCCCUCGUCCGGCGGCAAGAUUCGCAGCGCAAAGGCCUCUGUCACCAUCGAGGAUGUGAAGGGCAGUGGCGUUAAUUGGGAAAUGAGGCUGCACGGCGUCCAAUGGCCUCGUCAAGGGACCAUCCUGUUGACGACAACCAGCGAGAAGUUUGACGGCAUUUUCGGUCUCCCGCAUCUUGCCCCCAGUUCCGACUUCUUCCAAUCGAGCCAGCGGCUGCUCAAUCUGACUCUUGCCGAAGUGCUUCGUAAGAAGGAGAAGGAAGUGUUCAAUGAUGGCGCGAUGCCGUGGACCUCGGAUCUAUCGAAUCCGCCGGAUACGCUCAACCCAGCGCCGCACUGCGAGUACAUUAUGUACGCCCAAGUGCAUCCCCCGGAUAGAAAUUUUUUGAAUAUGAAGGGCUUUCACCCGACCAGAGAGGGCAUGGCUAGGAUCAUUAGCGAUAUUGAGCAAGAGUUACGAUUUCCAGAGGGCGCCCCCAUUCGUGGCGUUCCCGAGCUCCAGCUUUCGGCCGUUAUUUGGUCCCCCGACUGCGCCUUCUUUCUCGAAACCAAGGGAACGCCGGAUUUCGCGCCCAUUGAUGGACAGCAUCUACAAGGCAUGAAGACGGAGAUCAUCUACCACAAGAUUCGAGUAUGGAUCCUCCUCUUCGCAAUGGUGAUUCUCACGCAAGCCCUCCUCCUCAAGCAGCAGAUGAAGGAGUCAGCAACACCUUCGACAAUGGGCCGCAUCAGCUACUCGACGAUUAGUAUGAUGGUCAUGGUGGAUGGUGGCAUCUUCGCCGCGGCGUCCAUGUGGGCGUUGGACGCCAGCAUCACGUACCUGGAGUCGCUAUCGCUCCUUUUUUCGGCGUUUCUGAGUAUGUCUCUUGGCGGCUUCUUUUUAGCGGAAAUCCACAAGGUGCAGGAGCCCGAAAACAGGAGGCGUGUAGAGAGGGAGCAGAACUCAAAUAGUGACUCGCCGCGCACACCGGCCACGCCCGCGCAUGGUCUUGAUGCCGAUUCCCUACCGCGGCCCGUUACCGCCGGGCCUCGCAGAAGAGCGCCCUCGCCGCCGAUCAUCAUCCCCUCGGAUCAGGAUAUUGAUGCGGAGAUCGCGGACGCCGCGAGUGGUGCGGCAGCUGUGCCGACAGCAGGCACCGGCGCAGGCGGCGGCCAUCGCAUUGGGCCCGAGGUCACAUUCCAGGCGGUCAUAUUCCGCUUCGCCAUGACUGUGUCCAUCAUCCUCCUCGUCUCCAUCGCCUCCACGUCCUGGUACCCGCGGGUACGUAACUUCUUCGUCAACAGCGUGGCCCUCGUCUACUUUUCGUUCUGGGUGCCUCAGAUCCAUCGCAACAUAAUCCGCAACUGCCGCCGCGCGCUGACGUGGCAGUUUGUCAUCGGGCAAUCCGUCCUGCGGCUGCUCCCGUUUGCCUACUUUUACGUCUACGAGAACAACUUCCUCUUUGCGGAGACGGACCGCCGCGCGUUCCUCGUCUUUUGCGCCUGGUUGUGGAUCCAGCUCUGGAUCCUCGCGUUCCAGUACGUCCUGGGCCCGCGCUUCGGUAUACCAAAGAGCUGGACGCCCGACGCGUGGGAUUACCACCCGAUCCUGCGCGAGGACGGGGUCGAGGCCGGUGGGCUGCCGAUCGGGCUGCUCUCGGAGCCCGGUUCGCCGUCCCUGGAGAGGGUCCGGUCGGGCGAGGACAGGGACAGGGACAGGGAGAGGAAGAGCAGCGGGAGUAACCUGCGCGCCAUCGACUGCGCCAUCUGCCGCGAGGUGCUCGAGGUGCCCGUCAUGCGGGCGGGCGAGGAGGACCCGACUGCCGGCGGCGUCGUCGGCGUGUUUACGCGGAGGAAUUACAUGGUCACGCCGUGCCGGCACAUCUUCCACAGCGCGUGUCUGGAGGGCUGGAUGCGGUUCAGGCUGCAGUGCCCUAUCUGCCGUGAGGAGUUGCCUCCUUUAUAG